CUAUCUCUCUCACUAGUUAAUUUUAUCUCCGGCGAGAGAAUGGCGAUGAUGCAAGCGAAUCUUGGUUUCCUUAAAUCUCCGACAUUUCCGUUUCCUUCGUCGAAUUUGUAUCCGAAGCUUUCAGUCAAGUCGACAUCACUCUGUCUGGGCUUCAGCUGUCGUCCCUCUGUUCAAAAAAUGGAUUUUUCGAAAAGGGCUAGCAGAAGAGAACAGUCAGUCAAAUGUUCUUCAUCGUCUGAGUUUGAUAAUAGUAAAACAGUUGUGAAGGAGAAGAGUGUCUCAGUGAUUCUCUUAGCUGGUGGUCAAGGGAAGAGAAUGAAAAUGACCAUUCCAAAACAGUAUAUACCACUCCUUGGUCAGCCCAUUGCUCUCUACAGCUUUUUCACGUUUUCACGUAUGCCUGAAAUGAAGGAGAUUAUAGUUGUGUGCGAUCCAUUUUUCCGAGAUAUUUUUGAAGAAUAUGAAGAAUCAAUAGAUGUUGAUCUUAAAUUCGCUCUUCCUGGUAAAGAAAGGCAAGACUCUGUUCUCAGUGGACUUCAGGAAAUAGAUGCGAACGCUGAACUUGUUUGCAUCCACGACUCAGCCAGACCGUUGGUGGACACUGAAGAUGUCGAGAAGGUACUUAAAGAUGGUUGGGCGGUUGGAGCAGCCGUUCUUGGUGUUCCAGCGAAAGCUACUAUCAAAGAGGUCAAUUCAGAUUCACUCGUGGUGAAAACUCUUGACAGGAAAACCCUUUGGGAAAUGCAGACACCACAGGUGAUCAAACCCGAGCUGUUGAAGAGAGGUUUCGAGCUUGUGAAAAGAGAAGGUCUAGAGGUAACAGAUGAUGUUUCAAUUGUUGAAUACCUCAAGCACCCUGUUUAUGUCACUCAAGGAUCUUACACAAACAUCAAGGUUACAACACCUGAUGAUUUACUGCUUGCUGAGAGAAUCUUGAGCAUGGACUCAUGAGGAUGUAGUACGACUUGGUACUUUGAUUUAUUUUUCAGCCUUGCUGUAUUGGUAGACAAUAAUGUUCUAAGAUUUUACAAAAAAGUGUUGAAACAUUUGGAAAAGAAGAAUCAAAAGAAUCAUCUACAUUUAUCAAAAAGGGAGAAGAGUCUCAUCAAGUCACAUUUAUUGAUAGGAUAUUUACAAAUUGGACGUUUGUUUGACGAGAUUACACAACUUGUGGAACACAACA